UCCUGGUGGCUGUAUGAAGACGUUGGAUCUUGUCAGGAGUUUAGUAUUCAUGAUUACUCAUGUAAUAAAAUAGUUAUAUUAACAGCACUGUUUAGUUUUAGACUGGCAGAACAUUGCGAAUGACGGAAUGAUAUCCUUCGCUAACUUCUUGAUGUCAUGGAUACCAGAGUGGCUCACAUUCGAAACGAGCCCCCUGGACAGCUUCCUACAAGGGAUGGUGGGUGCAUGUGGGAUUUCAGUGCUUUGCAAUCUCAUGAGAGUUCAUCUGUUCAUCAAAUCUAUGAGCGAUGGUGAUGAGACAAAAGGCAAGGAGAAAUCAAGACCUAUGGGUGGUGCCAAUGGCAGACUGAGCGGAUGGCUGCAGUUCUGGUUCCUGACAGGAAUUCUGACUCUGGUGGGUUCUAGAGUUGCCUCCUUGGUGGUUCUGGAAUUCUCCCUUAGAGCAGUCUCAGCCCGGGUUACUGCUGGACCGAGUAGUAGUACCCAGCAGUUUGUGGUUCAGUGCCAGUUUUCUUUGGGGUGCGCUCUCAGCUGCAGUCUUCACUUCCUCCACGAGGGGGCGCCACAGCGCUCACUCAGCCUUCUCCUCACAGCAGCGCUGAGCUGGCUACUGGCCACUCAGAGUUUGCGUCUCUGGAGCCAUGUGACGGCGCUGUACCCACUGCACAGCUCCCAGCGCUACUGCGGCCUGUGCAUCGGGCUCCUGACCUCAGGCCGCGCCAUCUUGUCUCUCCUGAGUCGCGCCCUCGUGAUAACCUUUGCCGUGGCCGCCGUGGCCGCCAUAUCCGUCAUCAACCGCCACUUCCUGUCUGCCACGGAGGCCCUCAGGUUCUGGACACCGCUGACUAUCUGCUACACGCUGCUGGUGGUGUACAUGCAAGAUGAGCAACAUCGCCGCCCUGGUGGCGAGGUGGUGCUGCAGACGGUGGUGGUGCGGCUGGGGGGGCUGAUGGUGCUGAUGCUGACAGUGGGGCGCUGGGUCGACGUGCUCCACAUUCUUGUGUGCUUCCUGGGAGAGGCCGGCUGUCUGAUACCCUCCCAAGACCUGCUGGAGGCCGUGUUGCAGGAUGUGGGUGAAGGGAUUCCCAGGAGGUCCCAAAAGAAGGUUACUGAGAACCACAGGAGACACCAAGAGCUAGUGCCACCAGAUGGCAACAAAAAGAACCUUUAGGUUACCCUGAUUAGGAGCAACUGUCAGAGCUGAACCUCUUAGCAGGAAAAGUGUCUGAUUUUUUUUAGCUUUUUUCAAUGGCCUGUCCAGUUAUUACUAACAGAAGGUUAGGGAAGGCAUGACAAAUUGUUUUAAGAGGAAUAAGUGGAAGGCCUUCAUUCCGUGUUAUCAUUUGAACAAAUGGAGGAGUCACAAGGCCACAU